AUAGCCCAUAGUGUACUAUAACUAUAUAGUAGUGAUGGGUCAUGCGCACAAGCAUCGGCUCUGAGAGCCGGCUCUUUGUAGUGAAUCAGAAGAGCCGGCUCGCAUCGAGUGAGAGCCGGCUCCCAGUUUUUUGCCCAUUCGCUGCUUAGGUUUCACUUUCACAGAGGUCUGUUAUGAUUGGCCAGCAUGGCGACCAGCAUGCGGCAUUCACGUGAGAAUUAAGGAUGUGUAAACAGAGAGGGGGCGGGGCAGACACACCACUUGACUCCACUGCAAGUGAAGAGAGAGACAGAGCGGACUGAGGAGCGUGUGUGCGUCUUGCAUUGUCGUGUCGUUUAACUAUGAGUGACACUAGAAAGCGAAGCAGCAUCUGGCUGCAGUUUAAAGAUAUUGGGAACAAGAAAGCAGAGUGCCUUCACUGCAAAACGAAGGUCACUAUAAGAGCAGGUUCCACCACAAACCUGCAUAGACAUACAAGAACUGUCCAUCCUACAGUGCAGUUAGAGGAGAGAGGGCAAGCCAGCUCACCAUCUACUGAUCCUGGUGUGUCUCAUACCAGAACAACAGCUGCUGUAACGUCUACUGCCAUCCCCAUGCGUGCAAGUAUAACCUCUCCUACUGCAACUCAAAGCAAAAUAAGUCAGUUUUUACCUAAACUGAUGACCCCAGCCAAACAGCACAGUAUUGAUGAUGAGUUGGCUAAAAUGGUAGCUUCUGAUUUUCAACCCUUUUCCAUUGUGGAGGACAAAGGAAUGAAAAACUUUGUCAAAGCCCUAAAUCCCACAUACACUCUACCCAGUAGAAAAACACUUUCCCAAACAAUGAUCCCAAAACUAUAUGACACAGAACGUGCAUUAUGGCAAGAAAGGGUGACAAAAGCUCCAUCAGUUUGCCUGACAACUGACUGCUGGACCUCCAGAACAACCUGCUCUUUCAUGUCUGUCACUUGCCACUUUAUUGAAGAUUACAAGAUGACAUCUUGCCUUCUGGACUGCUUCGAGUUCACCGACAGACACACUGCAGAAAACUUGGCAGUGGAGCUACUAAGAGUGGCAAAAGAGUGGCAAGUAGAGGACAAAGUGGUGUGCUGUGUGAGUGAUAAUGCUGCAAACAUCACCAAAGCCAUAAAAGUUUUGAAGUGGACCCAUCACCCAUGUCUGGCGCAUACACUAAACCUGGUGGUUAGAGAUGCUCUGAAGGUGAUCAAAACAACCGUGGAUAAGGUGAAGGCUGUUGUGGAGUUUUUCCACAAAAGCACAGUAGCAGCACAGAAGCUAAAGUCCACACAGCGCCAAAUGGGGAUUCCUGAACUGAGGCCCAAACAAGAGUGUGCCACCAGGUGGAACUCUACAUUUGAUAUGUUGAAACGAAUGCUUGAAAUAAAAGAUGCCAUCAUCUCCACCCUGGCCCUCAUCAACGCAUCUAUUGAGCCAUUAAGCCAAGAGGAAUGGGAGCUGGUGAAAGAGGUCUGCGCCGUCCUGCAACCAUUCCAGGAGGUGACUGUGGAGAUAAGUGCAGACAGCUAUGUCACAGCCUCGAAAAUGCUCCUGCUUUGCAAAGGUCUGCAGCUGGUGACAGCCGAGAACCAAUGGACAGUAACUGUGCAGAAAGUGAAGGAAUUAGUUGCAGCUCUUUGUUCAGCCAUGGACCGCAAAUUUCUGCGGAUGGAGUACAACACUGUCCUUUCAGAAACUACCUUAUUGGAUCCAAGGUUUAAAAAACUUGCCUUCAGUGAUCGUAGAGCUGUUGAUGAAGCUCUUCAGAGGAUUAGUGCAGCAGCAGCAGCAAAAUGCACCCCCAGCAGCCAGCCAGCUCCACCAUUACAGGGCCAAGUGGAGGAGGAGCAGCAAACCUCUGCUGUUUGGAGGCUUUUGAUGACAGAGCUACAGGAGAUGCUUCAAGGAGAAAUCCGACAGCUGAUGCUAUAA